GGCCACAUCUCAGGCUCAGCCUGUUCUCUCCAAAAGUAAGAAGAGCACUCCUCUGUGUCUACCAACUAUUCAUACGAGGCACAAUGGUUCCCUUGCUGCUGAUAGUGCUGCUGCUGCCCGAAUCGCUGGCUGAUCAAGUUUGCAUCAACAUUUCGAAUGGUUACGACAUGAACAUCACCAUAACGAACGGGACCCUCCUCGAAUCGCUGACCAGUGAUGUGAAAUGCGAGGUGGGUGGACGUCCCUGCGUCUUCCAGUGCACGUUCAACGGCAUGUGGUGGUUCAACGGAUCGUCCGUCUGCCUGCCAGCCGAAGUGACAGGAUCUCUUCCCAUGGUCGUCUACAUCAUACAGCCGUACAGCAAUUGUACCUUGAACUUGUGCGCGCCCAGCAUCAUCUUGCCACAGAUUCAGUCCCUGGACAGUAACUGCUCCCUCCAGAGACAAAUGAUGGAACUCCUAUGCAUAAGAGACACAUGUCCGCAGCUCUUCAGCAGCGACCAUCAAAUGAAGAAGGCCUUUAUGAAAGUGGAAAAACGCAUCAUCCUCAACAUUAUGCAAACCUCCCAGUCAGAGACAGGGGGCUGCACGAAUUACGACCUGGGUGGCCUGUCUCUGAAUGUGAUUAAGAUCAGCGAGGUUGGCCUCAACUCCUCUCGAACCAGCUGGAUCCCAGUAGAAGCUCCACAGCCGCUGACUCAGAAUGAGUCAUACGUCUCCGAGAUGUGGCUGCCUGUGUCUGCCCUGAAAUCCAUCCCAGCGGAGGAGAGGGUUAUUGGUUUGGCCAGCUACGCGGACCAAAGCCAGUUCCAACAUGGACAGGACACCAUCGCAUCAAUGGUUCUCAGGAUAGAACUCCUGGAGGGACAACGCCUUCAAAAUCUGAGUGUGCCAAUCAAUAUGACUUUCAAGGUUGCCAUACACGGAUACGUGAAUCCCCACUGGUUACAGUGUCACUAUUUUGACGAACAUGAUAGUCGCUGGAAAACAGAUGGAUGUCAGACUUUCAACGACAACCAAAGUGACGUCAUGUGCAGCUGCAACCACGCAACGCCCUUUGCAAUCUUGUUGAUAAGACCUGACCAAAUUGACGAAGUCCACUGGAAAAUACUGUCACACAUCAGUUACAUAGGUUGCGGCCUGUCUGCCUUCUUCACUGCUUUGUCCAUCGUGAUGUAUGUCUUCAGACGAAACCACAAAAUGGAUUACUCCCUUUCCAUUCACGUGUCCCUGAGCGGGGCCUUGUUUCUGCUCAAUUCAACCUUCCUGCUGACUGAGUGGGGGGCCACGAUGGAGCCCGACUGGGUGUGCAUAUUUCUUGCGGCCUUCAUGCAUUACUCCCUGCUCUGCUGCUUCACCUGGAUGGCCAUCGAGGCCCUCCACCUCUACCUCCUGCUGAUAAAGGUGUUCAACACCCACUACAAGCAGUACCUGCUCAAACUGUCCCUUCUUGGUUGGGGGAUCCCUGGUGUAUUCGUGUCCGUCGCUGCAGCUGUAAAGGACGUCAGACAGUUUUAUGGAGUUACACAAAUGAGCAUGGCCAACACAAAUCAAACUAACGCCAUCUGCUGGAUCACAGAUGACGCCUUCUUCUACACCUCGAACCUGGUGUACUUCACUCUCGUCUUCAUCUUCAACUCUGGCAUAUUGCUGGCAGUGGCCUUGAGCAUCUGUAGGACGCAGCACGCGUUCAGGGCCAAAUCGAGGCUCGGAGCGGAGGGGGACCUGGAUAGCUUGGGUGCAUCCUGCAGGAGCGGCCUCACAGUGCUGGGUCUGACCUGCCUGAUGGGGACCACCUGGGGUCUGGCCUUCCUGGGCUCGGGAUACGUCAACUACUCCAUCCUCUACCUUUUCUGCAUCCUCAACUCCACACAAGGCUUCUUCGUCUUCCUGUGGGUCUGUCAGUCGGCCAAGAUGCAGAGGAAGCAAGACAUGGAGGACAGGAUGACUUCAUCUCCCAUGAAGACGUCGGAAGUCAAAUCCGAUUAGUCUCCAUUAGUCAAAAUGAUAAGAAACUCAUGGAUGUAGUCAGUGAUUGCAUACUGCCCAGUUAAUCCCCUUCUAUGUAACCAUAGUGAUAGUGAAUCUACUGCAUGCAUCCCUGCUAACAGUGGGUUGAACAUUGGAAUCAGUUCUUCCAUAAAAGCAAAGUUGUUUCCUUCACGGUUGAUAUUGUGCAUGUUUUUGAAUAAAGUUAAAUGUAUCCAAAAUGGGAGAAUGAUCAUGUUUUGAUUAAAUCAUAUGCAAACUUUGGAAGUAGGAUUAGCACUGGUAGAAUAGACGGUAUUGCAUUUUCCAGUAAGCAGAAAACCACAACAGCUGACUCUCAGUCUCUCAGCGGCAGCGGCUCUGAGUUGCCAAUCAACUGUUGCCAUGGGGAAACGCUAAAGCAAAGUAAAUGUGGACAGUUCUGUCCAGAAUAAAAUGUAAAUCUGUGUAGUCAAAUGGUGGAAAGAAAGUGAAAUAAUAAUAAUGUCUUGAACCUGAUUAUGGUGGAAUUUCAUUUGCAUAAAAUUACCAAUGAAAGAAUUUUAAAAACAAGCUGAGUUUGCAUUUGCAUUGUCAUUUCCCUACGCUUGUCGCCAACUUUUUAGAACAUGAUGUCUCGUAGUAGUCUGAGUUUAAUUUCCCCAGCGAAGCUGAGUGCGGGUACUUGUUGGCCGUACCUGGCCCUUUUCUUUUUUUCCUUUUCUUGCCUAUGUAGGAAAAUGGUUACAUAUGGCUACUUCCUGUUUUCUCAAGGCAAGAGUCGGAGAUUCUGAUGUUGUAAAAUACAGACAACAUUUGUCUCUAUGAACAACCAAUCACAUUGUAAGUGGUGGAGAUUUACCUUUCUUUCUUUAUUUCUUUCUUUCUUUCUUGCUAUGUUCAAGAGUCUUUCCAAUAUCGACAUCAGCAGCCUAUUUGCAUCGAUUCAAUAAUA